AUGGCAACGCACAGCGUCAUCUCCAGAGAAGACCUCAUUUGUCCUCGGUGUACGGACAUCUACUGCUUCCCCGUUCUCCUCCAGUGUGGACAUAACGUUUGCAAAGUUUGCCUGCAGCAGUUCUGGGAAUGGAAAGGAUGUCAAGAGUGUCCGGUGUGUCAGGUGGUGUCUGUUCCCAAAAGACCUCCCAUCAAUUUGGCGCUGAAGAUAGCGACGGAUCAGUACCACAUGGCGCAGAUGAGUCGAGACCGUUGCAGGUUUCACGAGGAGAAGCUCAGCGUCUAUUGUCAGAACGACGAGGAGCCCAUUUGCCUGGUGUGCCAAAUGUCCAAACGGCAUAAAAUUCACGAGUGCUGUCCGCUGGAUGAGGCUGCCAAGCAGACAAAGAAAGACAUUUCAGGCAGGCUGGAGUCUCUGAAGAAGAAGCUGCAGACUCUCAACAAGACGAAAGAUAACUGGGAAAGAACACGGACAUUUAUACAGAGGCAAGCGGACGAAAAUAACCGAACCAUCAAGGAGGAGUUCCAGAAGUUGCACACGUUCCUUUUCAAAGAGGAAGACUCCCGACUUCAGGUGCUCGCGCAGGAAGUCGAAGUGAAGGUCAAAGUGAUGAGUCUCAAGCUGGAGUUCAUUGAGAAUCAGAUAAAGAGCCUAGCGUCUGUGAUCAGGGACGCAGAGAGAAGACUCAAAGGAGACGAUUUGACUUUCUUGGUGGACUACAAAGACACCAAGAAGAAGCUCAAAUGCAAUAUCAGAGAACCAGAAAUAAUCCGAGACAUCCUGAUCAACUCUGCCGCACAUCAGGCGUCACUUAAAUUUCAAGUUUGGAAGAAGAUGGAGCGCCUCGUUAAAUAUGUUCCGAUCACGUUGGAUCCCAACACGGCCCAGGCCAACUUGCAGCUGUCUGAGGAGCUGAGCUGCGUGCAGUACAGCAGUCAGCGGAUGCUCCCGGACAAUCCGGAACGCUGCACGGGAGGAGUGUGCGUGCUCGGGGCGGGCGGCUUUGUGUCCGGGAAACACAGCUGGACGGUGGACGUGAGCCGGGGUAAAGACUGGUACAUCGGGGUGGUCCGGGAGUCCAUCCAAAGGAAGGGCGCCAUGUCCCUCAAGCCAUCCGACGGGGUCUGGAUCAUUGGAGGGGCUAUAGGGGGCAUCCUGUGGGCUCAGACUUCACCUCGCACACGACUGGAAUGCAAGCAGAAACCAGAUAGGAUUACGGUGGAGCUGGACUAUGACAAGGGCAAGGUGGCGUUCAUCAACGCUGCAGAUUCAAAGACCAUUUUCGUAUUUAAAGACAAGUUCACCGAGAGGAUCUUCCCUUACUUCUCUACUGGGAUUCAUGAUGAGGGCAGCGGCCCCUUCCCCCUCACCAUCUGCUCUCAGACCAUCGCGCUCGCCAUCGCAGACAAAUGAAAACCGUAUCCGUACGUCCAUCCAGUUAUUGCUCCAUCAUCUAUUAAUCCACUGAUCCACCCACUGAUGAACCAUCCAUCUUCAUCUACCCAGUUGAUCCAUCCACCCAUCCCUCUCUCCAGCCAUCCAUUCCGAUAUCAAUCAAUCCAGCCAUUCACCCACCUUCACUUCAUCCAGACAUGCAUCUGUCCAUCCAUUGAUCCAUUCAUCCAACUCUUGAUCCAACUACAGAUCUGUCUCUCAUCCAUCAUCAUCAUCAUCUGUUUGUCUGCUGAUUUGGCAUCUGUCCCCCCCCUUACAUCAUCCACCAAUUCAUUCCUUGACCUAUCAUCUACAGCACAGGUGCCAAACCCAAGGCCCGGGGGCCCGAUCUGGCCCACCAUGUCACAUUACAUGGCCCGCGAAAGCAAAUCAAACAUGUCAACUUCGAUGAUGCUUGCUUAAAUCCAUAUCAAAAAUCAAAUUCUCAUAUGUAAUAAAUAAGAGAGAUAUUGUAAGUUUUCUUGUUCCCAAACCCCUCAGGACAAUAACAGUAAUAAUGGCCCCCCAAGGGAAACGGUAACUACACUGUGGCUCGCGACAAAAUUGAGUUUGACAUCCUCAAUCUACAGUCGUCAUCGAAUGAUCCAUUCACCAUCCAUUGCUCUUCCCAUUCAUCCACCAGUCAUCCAUCCCACCAAACAUCUAGCAUCGGUCAGCCCUGACAUAUGAAAAUUGUGUUGUAUGAAGUACAUGCAACAUGUAAACUGUACACACAUAAAUGACAAGCUGCCCACCCACUCAGUACUUACUCUGACAACAUCCAUAUAUUAAUAUCCAAAGAUAGAUUGUUUUUUGAAUGAAUGUGUGCAGAUAA